UCUACUUUUUCAUCCGCUGAAUGAUAUAAAUCGGGGAGAUGGUUGAAACGUAAGGAAAUUCAUCGAUCGUAUAAAAAAAAGUUUUGUAUCCUAUCGUCGGUUCUAUUUUUUUUCAUUCAAUCAUCGUACAUGACAAUGCUUUUUAAACAGAAAUUUUUCAUGCUCGAAUUUACUAGAAGAAAAGAAGAAAGGCGUAAAAGAGCAGGGACAGAGUCAAAAAUAAGGAAGAAAGAAGGAACGUUGGGAGAAAUAAGAAUAUUAGACGCCGAAUAGAAAGGAUAAAGGGGCGAUAAUGGGAAAGAAGGGAAAGGAGGAAGGAAAAGAGGAAGAUAGAAAGGAGGAGAAUACGGUUGGAAAGCGGAUUACGUUCACUCGUUUGCAGUCUCGCUCGUCUGUUCGUUCUUGUUCAGUGUUGCUUUCGUAGCCUUACUCCUCAUAGUCGUUGGAUGUCGAUAUUCGAGUGCGCGGCACAGGCUGAGCAGUGGCAGCUCCGAGUCACUGCGCCGAGAAUCUAAAAUUAUCGGGCGGUCCACGAUAGAAGAGAGGAAGGGUAAUCGAGAGGUGGAACCAGAAAGAAGAAGAGAAAGAGAGAGAGAGAGAGAGAGAGGGAGAAUGUGAUAAACGCGAGAAGAGAUUGGAAAGAGAAAGAAAGAUCAAAGGUACGGUUAAUAGAAAAAGAACGGUUAUUGUCAGAAGAAUAGAGGAGUAUAAAGGCGAGAGAAAGAAAGUACGGAGUUGAGCAAUAGUUGAUCCAUUGGACAAAUAGACGAACGGACAGAAGAACGUGCUACGAAGUUGAAAUAAAAAGGCACGUUGAUCGGGAGAAGAGGUGGGAGAGAGGAAGAAACGAGUAAGCGAACGGACGGACGGACGGACGAACGAACGAACGAACGAACGAACGAACGAACGAACGAACGAACGAGCAAGCCGAAGGGGGUGAGGAGGAGCAAAGAGAGAGAGAGAGAGAGAGGCAAAGCGAGGUAGGUCGACGUCGUGGCACGGGCUUAUACCGCGCGCGCGGAGUAGCCUACCUACCACCCAUCGUGCGAGUUCUCUCGCUUUACGUUCUGUCUCUUGGUACGAACGAUAUCGAGGCUGCUGCGACCCGAUUAUAUUGCUUUCGAGCGACUCUUCCAGUAAUAGAAGAAAGAAAAGAAGUGAAGUACGAAAAAACGAGUUAGGAAGGACUUAGCCAGAUUCGAAAAGAAGGCUAAGGAAGCAGAGGAGGAGAAGGGGAGUAAAGAGGCGGAAGAGAAAUUGCGAUAACCGCGAGGGUCUGCCUAAGACCCCCGUCGGUCCAAAUCUAUCGCGUUCGCGAUAAGACGUCGCCAUGGCGGAGGAACAAGAAACGAAUAACACGUGCGAGGAUUCUCUCGGUCCUGGUGAUACCACCACUGCUUUUGCCAAGAAACUACGGGGCCGGAAAGGAGCACUCAAGAAGAAAAAUGUAUACAUGGUUAAAAAUCAUAGCUUUAUGCCACGUUUCUUCAAACAACCCACAUUCUGCAGCCAUUGCAAGGACUUUAUAUGGGGCUUCGGAAAGCAAGGAUAUCAGUGCCAAGUCUGUAGUUUCGUCGUUCACAAGCGAUGUCACGAAUACGUGACCUUUACCUGUCCUGGAGCGGACAAAGGAGCUGACUCGGACGAUACGCGGACGAAGCAUCAAUUCAAGCAACACACCUACAACAGCCCCACGUUCUGUGACCACUGCGGUAGUCUUCUCUAUGGUGUCAUCCACCAGGGCAUGAAAUGCCAAGCAUGCGACAUGAACGUACACAAGAGAUGCGAAGAGAGCGUCCCGAAUCUUUGUGGAUGCGAUCAUACCGAAAGACGUGGUCGUAUACAUCUUUACAUCACCGUUUCCGGUAGCAAGAUGACCGUCGAAGUAAAGGAAGGACGAAAUCUCAUUCCGAUGGAUCCCAAUGGUCUUUCGGAUCCUUACGUGAAAUUGAAAUUGAUUCCAGAUUCGGAUACGGUGAAGAAGAAAACGAAAACUAUCAAGUCAUCUUUAAAUCCUGAAUGGAAUGAAACGAUUAUAUUCGAUCUUAAACCAGAGGAUAAAGAUAGACGGUUGUUAAUCGAAGUCUGGGAUUGGGAUCGGACUUCUAGAAAUGAUUUCAUGGGAUCACUUUCUUUCGGCAUAUCGGAACUCAUUAAAGCCCCUGCUAGUGGUUGGUUUAAACUUCUUACUCAAGAAGAAGGGGAAUUUUAUAACGUACCUGUACCCGAAGAGGGAGUUGAUCUGGCAGAACUUAAAAGUAAAAUGCGAAAAACAUCGGUGACGAAGAAGACUCCAACGACACAGGAUAAAGAUGUACCACACAAUAUGGGAAAGAGCGAUUUAAUAAGAGCAUCGGACUUUAAUUUUCUUAUGGUUCUAGGAAAGGGUAGCUUCGGGAAGGUACUGUUAGCAGAAAGAAAAGGAACUAACGAGUUAUAUGCCAUAAAAAUACUUAAGAAAGACAUUAUUAUUCAAGAUGACGAUGUGGAAUGCACGAUGGCUGAAAAGCGAGUUCUCGCUCUUUCAAGCAAGCCUCCUUUUCUUGUACAAUUACAUUCUUGUUUUCAAACUAUGGAUCGUCUGUAUUUUGUCAUGGAGUAUGUAAAUGGUGGCGAUUUAAUGUAUCAGAUUCAACAGUGUGGCAAAUUUAAAGAACCAGUAGCAGUAUUUUAUGCCUCAGAAAUUGCCGUCGGGCUGUUUUUUUUACAUGGUCGCGGCAUCGUGUAUCGCGAUUUAAAGCUCGACAAUGUAUUACUCGAUCAGGACGGACAUAUAAAAAUUGCAGAUUUUGGAAUGUGUAAAGAAGGAAUAACGGGUGAUAAAACAGCUAAAACUUUUUGCGGUACACCAGAUUAUAUAGCACCGGAGAUAAUCUUAUAUCAACCAUAUGGAAAGUCUGUGGAUUGGUGGGCAUAUGGCGUACUUCUCUAUGAAAUGCUCGUCGGACAGCCACCAUUUGAUGGUGAAGACGAGGAAGAACUUUUUGCUGCAAUAACAAAUCACAACGUUAGCUAUCCGAAAAGUUUGUCCAAAGAAGCCAAAGAAGUCUGCAAAGCAUUUCUUACGAAAAAUCCAAGUAGAAGGCUCGGUUGCGGUUUCCGUGGCGGAGAAGAUGUUCGUAGUCAUGUCUUCUUUAGGCAUAUCGAUUGGGAGAAGAUCGAGAAUCGCGAAGUGCAACCACCUUUUAAACCGAAGAUCAAACAUCCUAAAGAUGUAAGUAAUUUUGACAAACAAUUCACUUCUGAAAAAACGGACUUGACCCCAACAGACAAACUCUUUAUGAUGAAUCUGGAUCAAACGGAGUUUAUGGGUUUCUCGUUCCUCAAUCCAGAGUUUGUGCAACAUAUUUAAGAUAAUAUCUCUUAUUAGCUCAUCGGUCUAUUCUUUGUAUAUUAUGAUUUAUUAGUCUCUUUCUCUUCUACGACCUUCUCCUUAUUUUUCAUGAUCGACGUUAUCUGUUUUCACUCAGGGUUAUUCUCUUUCCUCCGAUUUUCCAUACUAUUUUACUUAUAUUACCCCAUAUAUUAACCCCCCCUCUCCCACUCCUCCCUCUCUCAGUCUCUCUCUCUCUCUCUCUCUCUCUCUCUCUCUCUCUCUCUCUCUCUCUCUCUCUCUCUCUCUCUCUCUCUCUCUCUCUCUCUCUCUCUCUUUCUCUCUCGUUUUAGUAAUUAUAUCUUUCGUAAUGACAUAAGGGAAUACGGACGAGACGUAAAAUACUUUGUCAUUUUUCAUGUUGUCACAACAUAGAAGAAUCUUUCGAUGUAUUUUUUAAAGAAAUAAAGCGCCAUGUUAGUGCGCACUGUAUUAUUAUGCUAUAAGAUAAAGACGGGAGGCCUGGUGCCGAUCGUCGAAGGAUUCGUAGGACGAAUUCUAAUUUUCGAUUUGCGGAGAAUUGUAUUUCAUGGCGAUUGUAAAAAUGAAUUCUACUUUUCGAAUUAGCCCGAUCGAAAUGAAAAUAUCUAACAAUCGCUGUAUUCAUUUCCCGCGUAUAUUAUGCAUUUACUUCAGUAGUUUCUACUGUCGCCUUCCAGAGUAUAUAUAAUAUAUAUCGAUUGAAGUAAUAUAUUAUUAUAUAUACGUAUAAACACAGACACUUAUACAGAGAAUUAUGAUAUAUCGAUACGUAUAGAUACAAAUUUUUCUGUCUUUUGUUCCAAGUUGCACUUACCGUUCGUUUAUUUCGCUAUAAUAGUUAACGGGUAGAAAAAGACGAGUUUGUAGAAUUUUUCAAUGUUAAUAAUGUCAAAGUAUUCGUCUAACAAGAACUGCUCCAACAGUAGAUAAAAGUCUCGAUUAGGAACAGAGCUUGUAUCCCCAUUUUCCUUGAUUAAAAAAAUUAUUAUGGCACAGUUAGUGAAUGUAGUAACGCGAAAACGUUAAAGUACACAGAUGCAUAUUAUUUCAUCUUACUGCUUUAUAAAAUCCUUCAUACAAAUCUUACAAUAUGCUUUUGUCAUAUAUAUUUAGAUUUUGCGCAUUAUUUAUUCUAUUUGAUUUGUCAAAUAGGCAAAUAGAUCAAAGAAUGCUUGUUCAAUUGGUUCCAUUUUAUCUUUAUUCAUUUUAUUUAUCACUUUUCUAUAUCUCUUUCUACUAAGAUGUAUCUUAAAUGAUAAACAUAUAUAUACAUAUAUGUAUACACAUACACACACACAAACUCACACACACACACACACACACAUAUAUAUAUAUAUAUAUAUAUAUAUAUAUAUAUAUAUACUGUCGCUAUGAAAGAAGGAUAUGAGCUCCAUUUUCGAGACAAUCAACCGAUAAUAUGAAAGAAUACGGUCAAUACGUGCUUCCGUAUUUAAAUUUGGGAAGAAAAAAUAUAGUAGUUGGCACAUACUUAUUUUUCUUUAUAUAUUUGCGAGUGUUUUUGUAGUCUAUAGUAUACAAAUACUCGAGAAAGAAUACUUGGUAUUAUGUUAGUCGUUUUAUUUUAAAACUAAUGCCUUAACGAGUUUUAUUCUUUAAAUUUGAUCAAUCCAAUCCUUAAGAUAUAUGAUUUCUUAAUUGUCAGUUGUGCUAAAUACACUUAUGGUACCACAUAUAUGUAUAGGCAUUGAAACCUUUAGAUAAACAUGUGUAAAUACAAAUACAUAUAUACAUAUACGCAUACAUACACGCGCGUGUGUGUGCAUAUGUACCUGCGUGCGCAUGUUUGCAUGUGCAUAUGUAUGUGUGUGUGUGUGUGUGUGUGAGAGAGAGAGAGAGAGAGAGAGAGUGCGUGCGUGUGCGCACACACACAUACACACAUGCGGAAAUAUGUAGACCAUUGAAGUCUUUUAAGGCUGUGCUCGUUAAAUGCCGAAUUAAUUUCACUUGUUACUCGAGAAAUCGGUACGAUUCUUUCGAGACGAAAGUCGUUAAUCGAUUUUUAUCUUUGUUCUUGCAAUAUGAACUCGGGUAAUUAAAUACUAAAUGUUACUUUGAAAGUCAAUAUUUUCUCUUACCAUAAAUAGCUCGUACUUUCUACGAUCGUCGAUAUGAUAAUUAUUCUUUCAUUAUAUCUUAUAUUUUGUCUUCUCAUCUUUUAAUAUCUUCUUGCAUUUUGUCACCAAUACAUUAUGCAAAGAAUUUCUUCGUGUUGAAACGGCAAAAUAUCAUGUUGAACGCAUUCUAUCAAUGAACUAUAUCUCUUCAAAAUUUCUCAUCAAUAUUUUUUUCCUAUGUGAUGCGUACCUUAUCCAUUUUAAAUAUAAUGUAGUAUAUGUGUGCGUGUAUAUAUAUAUAUAUAUAUAUAUAUAUAUAUAUAUAUAUAUACACGCACACACAACAUACCAUGUUACAUACUCUUUACUUGUUUAACAACACAUGUGCAAAAAAUAAUAAAAUAAAACUUAAUACAUUA